UGUGUGGCGUGAACCAUCCCGCAUCCUGACAGCGGCGGGGCGGCCCUGCGAGCUGGCUACUCAUCGCCUUCCCACACCCGAGCUUUUGAAAUGGCGGACGGUGAGCGAUCGCCGCUACUGUCGGAUCUCGGUGACGGAGGUAACGGUGGAGUGUUACCGGGAGGCGCUCCAUAUGGCUUGCCUACCAAACCGCAGAGCUUCCCUCCCUUCCCCACCCCCUCCCAGCCCUCUGUGAUGCCAGGAGAGGACCCCCCUCCAUACUCCCCCCUCACGUCCCCUGAGAGCGGCAGCGCCCCGGUCAUCAGCUGCAGGGUGUGUCAGAGUCUCAUCAGCGUGGAGGGAAAGAUCCACCAGCACGUGGUCAAGUGUGGGGUGUGCAACGAGGCCACACCCAUAAAGAAUGCUCCACCAGGAAAGAAAUAUGUGCGCUGUCCGUGCAACUGUCUGCUGAUCUGCAAAGUCACCUCGCAGAGGAUCGCCUGUCCCCGGCCCUACUGUAAGAGGAUAAUAAAUCUGGGUCCAGUCCACCCGGGUCCAGCAAGCCCAGACCCCCAGCCAGCCGGAGCCAGAGUCACCUGUGGACACUGCAGCAACACCUUCCUGUGGACAGAGUUUACAGACAGAACACUCGCCAGAUGUCCUCACUGCAGGAAAGUCUCUUCAAUUGGUCGAAGGUACCCCAGGAGGCGGAGUUUGUGGUGCUUCCUGCUCUGUUUGCUUUUCAGCAUUGCCACGGCUGGACUGGUGGCCGGCACUUGGACCCAGGCGCGUCAGUACCGCGGGAUUUACGCAUCCUGGGCCUGCCUGCUUCUGCUGGUGCUGCUCACUCUGGGCCGAGCUGUGUACUGGAGCUGCAUGCGGGUUAGCCUUCCUCUACAGAGCUUCACAUAGAGCGAGCGGGAAGGAGGGAUGGAGGAAGAGAGGGAGAGAGGGAGGGAGAUGGAGAGAGGAAGAGGGAGGGCGAGAGAUAAGGAAACCAGAGAAAGCUAUCCAUUUACAUUUAUUUCUGAUGGAAUCAAAGUGUCUGUCCUUUCUUCCAAAUGGAGUGAGUGAAUUUGGUGACUUCCUAGGAUACUGGCUGUUAGACACAGGGCCUCUCUAGGGUGUCAGGUCAUUUCACAACAUUAAACCAUCCUCCUCUGUUCACUCUGCUGUUUUCAGAGAAAUGGCCUUUAAAAUGUCUUAUCUUCAACUUUGACUACAGUAAAAUAUUCAUCCCUUGAUUAUAAUUCACCAUUUCAUCGGAUUUUAAUUAACUCAGUUGGAAACUUCAAUAUUUGAUUAAUAAGGUAACUGUGAAAUUUCCCAGAAUCUUUCUUCUCUCUCCCAUUUUCCACCUGUCUUUCCCUCCUACUCUCUACCUAUCUCCCCUCUUUUCCUAGUUUUUAUCCUCUCCCCUUUCCUCAUUGGCUUGGCAGCAGGUGUUCGGUGUUGCAGACGCAUAAUAGGACAGAACAGAUUAACCCUCUCUGCUCCAUCUGAGAGAGUGAGACAGGACAGGGUAAAGUCUGCUCUGGCUGAUGUUCUGCAUGUACACUACAUGUACAUGAUAGUAGUCAACGACAUUCAUAGUCACAGCAACGCUGCCCCUUCCCUGAAUGUUAUGGUGAUUAUAAUUAUUGUUGAAUAUUAUACUGCGUAUGAGUAUCAUUAUUAAAACAUAUCUAAAACUUUGCCCUUCGGCCCCACCCACCCCAGUCCUUGUGCUUAAGAUGAGCAGCUCCAGCAGAGAAAGGGUUAAAACACUUGACAGCAUGCACACAGUAAAAUGAUAGUGUACACGGGUAUGGUGUGUGCAUGUGUGGUUGUACACACACAUACACACGCACGCGCACACACACAACCGCAUGGUCCUGGUUGCUGCAGUACUAACCAUUUGCUUUUUUGUACAUCUAAAUAUGAUUUUAUAUUGCUGUAUUGAUUGUAAAUAGGUGUUUUAUUUUGAUAUUUUUAAUCUUUAUUUGAAAGAACAUGUUGCACUACAUCUAUGGAUAAAUGAUUUCAUGAUUUUUUUUCUGUUUUUAUGUUAAUUAUUAUUUGUAAUUUUUGUACAUUCUUUGAUUUUACUUUUAUAAUGAACAUUAUUGGUCACUAACCAGUAUGAAAAUAACUGCACUACAAGUGUGUGUGUGUGUGUGUGUGUGUGUGUGUGUGUGUGUGUGUGUGUUGGAGGGCAGGUAAGAUGAGGAGGUUGACUGGCAGUGUAGUUGUAGAAAGGGGUCAUUACUCACCUGUGUACACUCAAACUCUUCUGUGCUUUCCUUGAAAGCCAUGAGGUGGUGAGUCUUCAGCACUCUUGAAGUCAUUUGUGAAGAUUAAAAAGUAAUGAUAAUGCCAUUAAUGAAGAUUAAAAUGUUGAUGUCAUUAAUGAUGAUUUGUCAGUAAUGUUCACAUCAUUAGUCAGGAUUCCAGAGUGAUGUCAUGUGCUGAUUCUGCUGUGGAAUGCUAGGAUUGGCUGCCACAUUGACAGUAAUGAUGUCACAGUGUGAGUGAGCAGCAUCGCCGGGUCACCAUGACCAGGUGGAAUAUGUGCUGCAUCUGGAGUCAUGUAGCUGUUCUAUCGAUACCAUGGUAGAGAUUUCAACAUGAAACCAAUCUACUGAUUCUGUGUCUGUGGAUUCUACAAUGAUAUCAUGAGCGAUGAUCAUCACUGAUAACAAUAAAAUACUGCUUUUUUUAUA